GAGUUUGAGUUGGAUAGAAAAAAAAAUCUUCGAAUUUUCCUCUUCUUUUCCUCUUCUUCCUCAAUAUCGUCUUCUUCUUAAAACACACACAAUCAAUUGGAAUAUUUUUCUCUUUCAUUAUAUAUAUAAUUUUGCUUUUUUGUUCGACGGAAAAAACACCAAAAAUAUACCAAAAAUCAGCCCAUAAGAAAAUGGAUUUACCUGUUAAAGGCGAUUAUUAUUGUUACCUUUGUAUCUCUCAUCAUAGUGAACAGUGUUUGUGAUUAUAUUCAAUUCUCUUUCAUCUCUUACUUUUCUCUUUCUUUUUUUCUACCUCUUUCUUUUUUCUUCUCUUUCUCUCUUAACAUUUUCUCUUUCUUUCUUCUCUCUUCCUUUCUUACUCUAUUAAUGUGUGGUAGUUACUUCGCUGUUUCUAAUGUGAUAUCUACACAUUAUUUUUCUUCUCUUUCUCUUUCUCUCUAUUCUUUUUCUUUAUUCUUUUUUACUAUUUCUCUUUGAAACAAAAAAAUAAUAAUAUUAUUACAAAAAUCGAGAAUAUCAUCAUCAUCAUCAUCAUAAUUCAUCUCUAUCAUCAUAAUGUAUAUUUGAUAACAUCUCCACCCCACACCAACAUCAACGAAGAUUCAUCAUCGCGUGAACCACGAGUCCUCUGCAAUGUCCUUUCUCUUCCGGUUAGUAAAGUUUCAUGAUCUGAUCGGUGGAAUCCAUGUGCCAGUAGACGAUGGAGUGGACAAGUUAAACCGGAAAUACACCUUACUGGUCUUCCUCUUUCUGGCUCUGCCCAUUUUCACCAAACAAUAUAUCGGUGAUCCGAUUGAAUGUUUCACACCGACUUAUUUCACAGAGCCUCAGGCUCGCUACGUAAACUCCUAUUGCUGGACAGCGUCCACAUAUUAUCUUGUGGCCGCGGAUGCAGAUGAUGAGGAUUAUGAUAUAGUUGGUCAAGUUGGAAAGAAUCAGGAUCCACCUGAUCCUCGAGUUCUUCCAGAAGAAUUAGAUUAUGGAGGUUUCGAUGUGGCCUCAACUGGACCGGAGAGACUGAGAAGAGUGAGAGUCGGCUAUUACCAAUGGGCUCCGUUAAUAUUAUUAGUCCAAGGAUGUUGUUUCUAUGUGCCCUUCCUUGUGUAUAAUUCAUGUGCUCACAAUGCCGGUGUUAAACUACGGCGUUUAUUGAAAAAAGCAUCUGACAUUGCCUCCCUUCCGCCGGGGUGUCAACAAAGAGAAGCCCUUUUAGCUGAAUUUGUUGAUCAAUUUCAUACUCUUGUUACAGGGGAAGCGGGUUGGUGUACCGAUCCCUCUUGUCGGCUUCCUCUCUCCUGUCGAUGUUGCUCCGGAGGACCCAGCCGGUAUUUGUGCCUACUUUAUUUACUGGUUAAAAGUCUUUACGUUAUUAACGUUGGACUUCAAUUCUUGUUACUCGGCUCAUUUAUGGGUCGAGGUUUCCUUCGCCAUGGCCUGGAACUUAUCCGCCGACUGAUGGUUGAAGGUGAAUGGUGGGCCUCACCGAGGUUCCCUUUGCAAACCUUGUGCCAAGUUCGUGCCGCCAUUCAGGGUGGACUUCGAACCUAUACCUGCCAAUGUGUACUGCCAAUAAAUGUUUUCAAUGAGAAAAUUUUUUCCGUUGUGUGGUUUUACAUGGCUUUCCUGUUACCCCUUAAUGUAUUAAGCCUACUUUUCUGGGUAUGGCGGAGCUUCCGGUGUAACAGGUUAGCUUAUAUACGUCUGUGUCUCUGGCGAACCCGUUUAGUCUCUAUGGCUGAGGUUGGCCGGUUGGCACGGAAAAUAUCUGCACAAUAUUUAGGCUGGGAUGGUGUUUUUGUACUCCGUCUCAUUGAACAUAACCAUGGGUCCAUAAUGGCCACCCUAAUAGUUUCCCGUCUAUGGGAAUUUUAUGCCAACCAGAUGAAAAUGCAAGAAGAAGGUAAUACAGGAAGCGAUGCUGAGAUGGGCAGUGUUGCCAGUGUGGGUGCACCACCAUCUACCUCUUGGCACUCCUGCCAUCCAACAGCUUGUCACGUGACCGGACAUCAUCAUUUCUCCGGUGGAAAUGCUACUGGUGCUCAGGGAACUAUGAGUCAUUCGAGUAAACGUAUGCCUCCAAAUGGCUUUUGGGGAAUUUGACGCACCUGAAAGAACUUAACCUCAUUAACGAACGAUAAUAUUCAUAAUUUAUAUCCAGAACUAAAUUCUAGCAUUUGAAUAAUAUAAUCAUCAUCAUCAUCACCUCAUCAAACUCAUCGCAAUUAAAAAUCUUUCAUCUUUUACCAUCAACAUCUUCCCACCUCAUAACAACACAAUGAUCAUUAUCACUAUCACUUUACCUUUCCACAUCCAACCAUCAUCAUCAUCAUCACCAUCUUCAUCCAUAUUCAUCUAUAGUGAGGUAAAGAGAGAAGACAAUUUCUCCUGAAGAAAAAAAAAGGAAGAGAUUUAAACAAAAAUCAAAUAAUUCGAUUACAGGAAAUUAUUAAGAGAAAACAAUUGUUCGACUGCAAAAAAGAAAACAAAUUUUAACAAAUCCUUGUAAAUUAUCAUCAAAUAAUAAUAAAUCCAAUUAGUUAUUACAAUUAAAUCAACAACAUCAACAUCAACAACAAAAACAACAACAACAAAGAAAACCAAUCAACAACAAAAUCAUCAUCAUCCAAAGGCGGAAAAGGAAAUGAUAAAAACUAUGAGAUAAUUGAUUUUGUUUUUUUUUUACUAAAAACCUCAAGAUAAUAAUAAUUAACAAUUAACCUGACAAAAGAAAGAUAUUGAAAUGUUGAAUAAUCUGGUUAAGUUUUUUCCCCAUCAAAACCAAUUCUAACCAACUAGUUAAUUCUGGUCAAUUUGAUUAUCAUUUGGUCAGUUUACAGGGAGGACAAGAGGAUGACAAGGAUUCCAACAAGGGAGGAAAUAUAUUCAGGAUUGGAAAUGGACGAUAAUUAAAUGCUACCAACGAAAGUGUUUAUCCUCAUUGUGUUAAUUGUUAACAGUUAAUUGUGACCAGAUUAUAUCAAAAAAAAUCAAACUAACAAACUAUUAAUACAAACAAUGAGACGAUAACAACUGAGUAAUACAACUAACUAAUUAAUUGUUACUAUUAUGAUUAUUAUCUUUAUAAUUAUUAUCUUAAUUGUUAUUAUUAUUAUGAUUAUUAUGAUUAUGAUUAUUAUUAUUAUUAUUACAAUUAUUAUGAUUAUUAUUAUUAUUACUUGUAUUAUAUUUAUUAAAUAAUUGAUGAUAGAUGAUGAUUUUAAAUCAA